AUGCGUUCUAUAACCCUUCUGUCUGGACUUUUUCUUGCCCUCGCGCGGCAGGGGAUCUGUCAAAAUCAAACCUUUGACGGGCUUGCCAAGGUCUACCACGAAUCUUCACUCCUACGUGUGCAAAAUAACCCGUACCGGCGCGAUGGGCAACCUGCUUGCACUGAAGAAAACAUCCGCGUUCGAAGGUCAUGGGUUAACCUUACUUUCGACGAACGUGCCGAGUACAUCGCGGCCGUCAAGUGUCUUUAUGAAACGCCGCCAUUGUCUCCAGAGUCGUUUGCCCCUGGUGCCAGGCAUCAUGCAGAUGACUUCACUGCCUGUCACUACAACCAGACUGAAUACAUUCACUUCUCUGGAUGGUUGAUCCCCUGGCACAGGUACUUUGUCUGGUCAUACGAGAGCUCUUUGCGUGAUUUCUGUGGCUAUACUGGUGCUCUACCUUAUUGGGAUUGGACUGAGCAAUACGAAAGCCACACCCAGCAUCCUCUUUUCGACGGCUCCGAGUACUCCCUUGGUGGAAAUGGCGAGUAUGUCCCGCACGAGCCGCAAAACCUCACCAUACCUGUCCCGAGUAAGCCCCUGGUCUUUUUCCCUGCAGGUUCUGGUGGUGGCUGUAUAACAGACGGACCUUUCGUCAACGUUACCUCAAAUCUUGGACCCCAUUUCCCAGUGCAAGAGACGACCGGUCUUGAGUAUAACCCCCACUGCCUGAAGAGGGAUUUCUUUGAGACCUUAUCCCAGCAAUUCUUAACCACAGCAAGUGUUGAGAACCUCAUGUCUCAGAAUAGUAUCGGAGAUUUCCGCCAGGUUCUUGAUGCCGGCAUCCAUUUUGCAGGCCACGGCACCGUUCUCGGCGGCAUGUCCGACCUCUGGAUGUCUCCUGAGGAUCCCGUGUUUUUCUUUCAUCAUGGCCAAAUCGAUCGCCUGUGGUCCAUCUGGCAAGAGCAAGACCUGGCAGCCCGCAUGAACCAAACUUCUGAUACGCAAACAUGGGAUAAUGUUCCCGCAUCUCCAAAUGCGACCGUCUUCGACAUUUUGGACUAUGGGGUAAUUGGUGACGGACGAGUGGAAAUGGUUGAUAUUGUGGACACAAUGGGCGGGUUCUUGUGUUACCGCUAUGAGUAG